CGCGUCACUGCCGUGCCUGCCAACAACCUAGAGGAGUGUUCGGGAGUGUUGUGUGAGUGUGUGUGCGUCCGGCGGUGUGUAGCAUAGGAGAAGUAGGCUACAGUCUUGGCUGUGUUUGCUUGACCGUAGAAAUGAGCAAACACACGUCAUAUUUCGAGAACACCAGAUAACGAUACAGCGACGUUUAACAGACGUUUGUACUGCGUCAGUGAAACGUGAACGUGAUGCGUUUCAACGAGAAGGAGCUGGUGUCUCUGAGCCGCCAGCCCUCGGAGAUGGCAGCCGAGCUGGGGAUGCGAGGACCCAAGAAAGGAGAUGUUGUGAAGAAGAGACUGGUGAAACUCGUCGUUAACUUCCUCUUUUAUUUCCGAAUUGAUGAGGAGGAGCCAAUUGGAGCUUUGCUGCUGGAGCAGUGUCGGGUGGAAAGGGAGGACAGCCAGAGCUUUUCUAUUACAUUUCUGGAUGAAGCAGAGAGGAAGUAUCUGUUUGAGUGUGACUCAGAAGAGCAGCGUAGGCAGUGGGUAGACUCGAUUAUGAAGGCCAGUUACGAGUUCAUGAGGAAGAACCUUAUAUUCUAUCGAACUGAAAUCCACAGGCUCACUGGCAAGGACCCCUUGGAGCAGUACGGUAUAUCAGAUGAAACUCGCUUCCAAGUCAACAAUGGCCUGCGACUUAUGCCUAGAGAUACCUCCUCCCUGUAGAGCAGCUACCUGUGUCCAGAUGUACUUUAUUUUCAUUUCAGUCCGCCCUGCAUUACCAUAAGCACACCAGCUUUUUAGAUCUUCACUGCUCUGAAUGUAUUUAGUGUUGCAGGGCAUUCACACCCAUUUUUGUACCCUCAUUGUGUUUUAAAACUUUGUUGUGGCAGCGAUUAAAGGCAUUAAUGUUUCCUUUUUACCGUACGGGAUUCUCACACCGCCUCAAACCAGUAGGACGGCCGACGCAGGCAGACUGAACGCGGCCUUAUAGCGGGAUAUCUAAGGCCACGCAAAGUAAUGGAGUGAUAACUCUGAUUAUUUCUUUUAUUCCAAUCAUCACACGUUACACGGGGAACAGUGGGCAUGCUUAAUUUUGGUUUAUUUUUCCAACUUUUUGUCUUGGUUAAUUGGUUGUCUGUAUUAACAUGUUUUCUACUAUGUUUUCUACUGGACUUUUAGACAAUGUGAUUUUCAGAGCGUCUGAUGAUGUACUUGUGCUGUAGAGCUGUGACUUUCUUUCAGGACUGUUUGUAAUAUGAGCACUAUUGGGUUUAACAAGAAUCAAUCCAGAACAUAUGAAUACUGAUAACUGAGUAAAUGUAUGCUGCUUGAAGAAGCUUAUGAUUAUUAGAUACAGUGCCCAAUUUAGAAAAUCUUUGGCAGUAUUUACUGUCCCAAUUUAAACUGCAUGGGCCCUUUGAUUUGCUGAGCUGAGCCACCCAUUUCACUCAAUUUUUGCUUGUGAGAAAGAUUUUUUUUAGCUAUCCCAUUAUGUAUUUAGCCCAUUUAGACUAUUUCGUUUUAAAAACUAUAUUUAUGCACAAACUACUGUGUGUUGAGUUUUUUUAUUUUUUAUUAUUCUAAUUUCACUCAUUUACUUGAACCUACUGUACCUUUUCUAUGGCACUUUGAAUCAGAUUUAUUUUAGAUAAGCUGUUGGACCAGGCUCUUGACAUGUAUUAUGAAUAUCACACCAACUUCUUUGACUACAACAGAGUUGCAGCUAAUGCUUAGUUGAAACAUUGCUCUCAAUCUUAUUUCACUAUCCUGCUACUCGUAGGUAAGGACUACUAUUCUGCACAUUGGUAAGAUAUUGAUUUCAGCAAUCAGGAGUCUAACCACAUACAGGAUAUGUCAUUUAAUGUAUAUAUUUCCAACCUUUGCACAUGGAAUGUGUUUAGUCUGUUUUUACUUCAUGUGGGAUUACAUUUGUUUCACUUUUUUUCCCAUUUUUUUGUUGUUGUAAUAAAGCCAUUUGAAAGACUCUGUAAA